GAAUGCAGCUUCGGGACGGCAGUUGUGAGUGAGAAGAUGGCGAACACAGACAAGAUAUUCUCGCGGCGCUACGAGUCCUCCUCCAGAGAACCUAGAGACAAUUUUCACGGUUCUGAUGGUGGUAAAUAUGGAAAAGAGUCGAAAUACGAUGAUCCGCCUCACUCCAGACUUUUUAUUGUGUGUGGAAAAUCAAUAACAGAGGAAGAUUUUCGUGAAAGUUUCUCCAAGUACGGAACGAUAGAGGAAAUAUGGGUAGUCAAGGACAGAAAUACCGACGAACCAAAAGGCGUAACUUAUAUAAAGUUUUCCAAGACCUCCGAAGCGGCGCUGGCCAUGGAGGAAAUGAAUGGAAAGUGCAUAGGGGGGCACCCAAGACCCCUCAAGGUCCUCAUUGCACACAGUCGUGAGCAAGGAUCUCGGAGAGACAUGAACGAAGAGGAGAGGCUCCUGCGACUCUUUGUUGUUGUGCCAAAGUCGCUAGGGGAAGCUGAGCUCAGGGAGCAUUUUGUACAGUUUGGUGACAUUGACUAUGUCUCCAUUGUUCGUGACAGGAAUACUCGUGACAGCAAAGGCUUUGCUUAUGUUAAAUAUCACAGGAUGUCACAUGCUGCAAAAGCCUUUGAGAGCUGUGAACGUACCUUUAAGCCAGUUUUUGCUGACCCCAAGCCCCAGAAAUCGGAUGGGCUAAAGUUUGAAGGGGGGGGCCGAGACCUCAGAGAUCUGCGGGGCAGUGAUGGCUAUGGGGGAGGGUACUCUUCAGGCCCACUCACCCCACACCACAAUAACCAUCAUUCGCCAUUCGACGCCAUUUCUUACAGUGAGUUGGACACAAGUGGGCUAAAUCCCGAGGGUGUGACGCGGCUGACAGUUAUCGCUUCGCCUACCCUCAACCAGGACCAGCUAUGGAAGUUGUUUGACCUAAUCCCUGGUCUUGAUUACUGCGACCUGAGGAAAGACCGCAAGUCUGGACAGAUGAUUCACCAUCAGGCGCGUGGAGUGGCUACCGUGGUGUAUAACAACAUUCAGUCUGCUACCUAUGCAAAGGAGAAGCUACAUGGAUUUGAGUAUCCCCCUGGACAGCGGUUAAUUGUCAAGCUUGACCAUCACGACAUGCCACCUGGUCCCCCUCCCAUGAUGCCAGGAACCCCAGGUGGCCCCCCCUUUGCUGGCCUACCUCGUGUUGCUGGAGCAUUGGCCUCGCAUAAUGGCACCAUGGGAGGAAGUCCCCCAGGAGGCAUGGCUGUGGCACCCCAGUCUGCAGUAUCAGGUGGACAACCCAAUAGCAACAUUCAACAAAACCUGGCGCAGUUGGCCGAGACUAUUGCCCAGGCCACGUCACUCAUACAGGCUGCAGGGUUGAAUCAAGGGUCGGCAGGACACAACAACAUGGGCACUCAAGGGCAGACUGGUGGUGGAGAGACGUAUGACCCCUCCUACUGCUCAGUCAAAUUACCUCCCCCACAGCCUCUAGCACCUGUGGACUCGGCAGUGGCGGAAAGGUUGUUUAUUGUGUGUCAUCCGUCACCACCCCCGAUAUAUGCAUUGAAGGAUGUCUUUGGAAGAUUUGGAAACCUUAUUGAUAUUUAUAUGCUGAACGGAAAAACUUUCGGAUAUGCUAAAUAUGCUAGCAAAGAUUCAGCAGAUAAGGCAAUUGUGGUGUUACAUGGACAAGAAGUGCUUGGAUCUCGUUUAAAAGUAAUGGAAGCAGAUCCACAUGACAAAGCAGACUCAGGUCGCAAGAGACUACGCAUCGAUGAUCAGAGUUGAGCAUCCCUGCCACGAGCAGAGUGUUGACAUCGUGACUACGCCGACUACACUACGGACAGUUACGGACAGCCAACACAGCGACAUACUACUACCCUAACCAACCAACGAUCCAACAAACCAACUCCCUGUAACCUUUUUAGACAUCCACCAACAGUCAUGCUCCCAGUGACGUCAAAACACUUCAUUGUAUCAAAACUAGCCAAUGACUGGGCCCUCAAAGGCCGAUGUGUACGAGUGACUUCACAGGUGACCUUCUAGGGAUUAAAUACAUGAUGUCUAUUGUGUAUAUGUGAAUGGUCCUCCUUCCUCACCCGCCCUUCUCCUCUUCCUCACUUCACCAUCCCCUGACUCCUCCCCUUUGUCCUUCCUUAUGCCAUGACCCUACUAAUAGAAUCCCCCCCCCCACCUGCCUUCCAUCAGAAUGAUUUGUCUAGAAUUGAUAGCUGUGGGAUUUUUAAUUUCUUACAUUAUUUUAUUUUAUUUUUUUUCAUGAGAUUAAGCAAGGUGUAGGUGUAGGUAUUGUGAAUUUUGAGUACUUCAUGUUGUUGUGGUGAGAAUUAAUGAAUGGAUGGUUUUCACAUUUCAUGAAGGAGAGCCAUAGCUAUCAUGGCUACAAGUAUUAGGUGUAGUUUAGAUUGUGAACCACUAUUUGGUAAGAUAUAUAUGAUCAGUUUUUGUACCAAGUGGAUACCUCAGUAUUAGAAGUAAAUGUAUACUAUUCCUACACUGUCCCUGUAUAUUGUGAUACCAAAAGUAUGGUUCUAGUGUUCAAAAGUCUGUAUAAAUUGAUGUAUACAAAUGAUUAAAAAGAAGCAAAGUGUUUUGUAAUUGCACUGGAAACUGUUGUUUGAUCAGCUAUUCAUGAAAGUUCUAUAUAGAAUUCUACUGUAAAGCCAAGGGUCCGGAAAUUUGGGAAAAAGGAUGAAAAGAAGAUUGUGAUGAAUAACCUCAGAACACAUUUUCAGAAGUGCCCUGUAAAGAAAUAUAUAUAUAUAUAUCCUAACCUUAAUCGCUAGAGCCUAUAUAGUGUCACCCUCCACCCCCUGUCCUGUUCCCUAUAUAACCGACUACAGUAUGGUGUGGUAGUGACUGGUGUCUCAUGACCUCGUCCAAUACGAACAAGGCCUGUAGGACUUUUGGUUUGGUGUGUCGAUUUCACAUUCCAUUUCCACCUACAAUAGUUUUGUAGCUGUGUUCAAUUGUAAGUAGAUUAUCAUCCAAGUUGGUGUCCCACUAUGCAGAAUUUUGAAUUAGAAUAAAAGAAAGAAUGAACAAAAAAGACAUUGUUCCAUUUCAGUUCUGUAGAGAGGUUUGGAAAUUUGGUUCAUUUUGCGUUUGUCAGUGUUGUCAGGAUGAUUUUGUUUCUUUAUAUUUAUUAUGAAUUAAUUUUUUCUAACUAUUACCAUGUUGCCUUGUGGUCUGUAAAGAUGUAACUUCUUAUUGCUAUAGAAACUUUUUUUUUUUUUUUUUUUGUUAUAUUAAUAUUUUUAAAAGAUAAUGGAGGUUUCUUCCAUUGGUAGAUGAAUGUCCUUGCUGGAAACUUGUUUUCUGUAUUGUCAUUUUUGUAGAGUAUUGAGAAGUUAAGAAGUGACCAAUUUAUCAAGAUCUUAAAAGUUGAUUUCCUACAACCACAUUGAGCAUUACAGCUUCCACUAGUAAUGUUACUACUAUAAUUACUAUUGUUGUUAAUGGUAUUAGUAUACUUAUGAUUAUUAUUAUUGGUACUACUAUCAUUUUUGUAUUAAUCAUUGCCAUCUUCAUCACUUUCAUUAUAAUGAUUUUUUUAAUAAUUUAUAAAUGUAGGUAUUGGUAUUGCAUCACAGCUAUGCCUAUCAAUACUAAUGUGAGAUGAUGGUUUUCAUUCUUACCAUUGACUUUUUUUUAUUGAACAUUAUUUUUUUUCUUUAAAUAUUUAUAUAUAUUGAAUAUAUAGAUAAAUGGUAAGAACUGCUCUGGAAAACCUCAUAAGAAAUAUAAGUCAAAAGACUUAGGAAAUGACUCAAUAGACAGACGUGGGCAAAGACUUAGAGAAGAUCUGACUGGCUGGAAUCCCAGAAAACCAAUAGACGAAGGUGUUCUUUGGUCGAAUGUUCUCGUCAGUUGCAUAGCUAGUAAUAACCUGCCUGUAGACACAGCUAUGUGUUCUUCAACUGUUUUACUUAUUGUAAUUUUAUUCAACCAGGCUGGUAGCCUGGCAGAUUAAUAGAAAAUUGAGAGAAAAGAUAGGAAUGUCAUAUGAUUUUUUCUUCAUUUAGCUUAGCAAGAUUGAGGAACAUUUACAAUAGAGUUUUCUGGCUCACUGACCCACUCACAACUUUUUUUGAAGACCCAACAGUACGACUGAGGACGAGUUUGCCAAGUAAGACCUUAGAGAAGUGCGAUGGUGAGAUCUGAUGGCCACAGGGAAUGCCAUCUUGUAAUAAUUGAGUUUUUUUUUGUUUCUUUUUCUUUUUUUUUUUUCUUCAAGUUUUAAUACCCGUACUUUCCUCUAGUGGUCUUAAGGACGCAGACUUGCCGUGACUUUGAUCACAUGUACCUGUUCGGGAACAUAGUCGGUGUUCAAUCAUUUUAUAUGAUGGGCCACAUUUCCCUAGGAAUCUAAUUUAUGUAUAUAUUUAUUAUCAUCUUUUUUUUAAUGAAAUAAACAUUUUUAUGCAUUAUUGUAAAGCCAUAAAUUCUUGGUCACCAGAAGUGCACAAAGAAAAAUGCAAAGUACAAUUGCAAGACCAGCUAAUUUUCUGUCGUGUUCGCUGUUAUUUUGUGCCAGGAUCAUGCCAGAUUUCUGUUUGUAUUUGCCCAAAGUUUGGUUGUGUUUGAAGUAUGGAUGUAAAUAGUUAUUUGUGAUGAAACCAUUUUAGUAUGAUUUCUGAAAACCCCUCCAAAUGAAUAAAAGUAAAUAGGUACGCAGCAAUUUUGUAAAAUGUUUGACGAUGUGUACGUUUUGCUAAAGCAGACAUUGAGCAGAAAGGAGGUAUUGUUCUCUUGGAGAAUUCCAUGUAUUUUCACUUUUAGUAAUAAGGCUUACAUUUGCAUACAAUAUAAAGGAAAUAACAAUAUAAACCAAACACACAAAU